AUGGCCAACCCGACAUUAGAAGGACUUCCAACGGAGCUGCUCUUUCUCAUCUUGCUUGAGAUACCCGAUCUGGCUUCUCUGAAGUCAAUCGUGCUUUCAUCGCCAGUAUUUCACCAAGCCUAUCUUGCAGUGCGACGGGAAGCUCUCUGUCGCAUUAUCAAAAAUCGAUGGGGAAUGCUUAUAGGAGAUGCGGUGGCUGCUACAUGGUCUCGUGGUCUCUUUUUCGAUAGUCGAAAACAUGAAGCAAUUGCGUUGCUAGACACCUGGCGUCGCAAAGAGGAGAUAAGUGAGCUUGGUAUGAUUUCGUCGAACAGGAUAGAUGAGCCUGGCAGCGUGGAGGAGAUUCUCCAUCUAUUCUAUCUCCAUAAGCACCGGUUGCUCAGAGCUUUGUGUCGACUGCAAAUUUACGCUAAUAUCCUUGGGCAACCCGAAUUCCAUUGGGGAGAGGAAUGGUUCCCCAACGAUUGGGCGUCGAAGGAUGAAACCGACUUCUCUAAACCUGCCACUGAAGAGGCAUGGCGCGUGUUCUUUGGGACGAUACCACCUUGGGAAUACCACAAAAUGGCCUGUGUAUGGGCACACUUCACAAUAAUUUCCAAUAUUGUUUGCAAGCAACUGACGGCCGGCCAUGUGGAGUUAUUGUGUCAAUUUCCCGACUCGCCCCCUGAUGAUGUAGGGCCUCCUACGGGUGCUACGGACAGCGUCCAAGGUCUUGAAAAUCCUCCGGAUCAGUCCAGGUCACUUGCUUCAAUGGGACCAGAGUUUCUGUAUCGCCUUCUUGGGGGAACGUUCUUUAUUCGACGCGAUAUGGCGCAACUUAAUGCAGUCGACGACAUUAUGAGCACCUUCCCUCCCCCCUCGCUGUGGGAUGAGCAAAAGCUUCCUUUCCUUUAUCCCGCAGAUCGACAUGCAGUUCAAAAUUAUGAACAGCUUUGGUCAACAUUGCCAUCUUUCGAGAAGCCUAACCUUGGAUGA